AUGCGGUACAAGAGUCCGCCCGGCUACCGGGUCACCUUUCUGCCCAAGCUGCAGAAUUGUUCGCCCUUACCCGAGCGUGUCAUUUGGCAAAAGGUGAAAGCAGCACAACCGGCCGUACGUGACGAACCUGGCCAUCAGCUGAAACCAGGAGACUGGGUGGUGGUGAAAGACUUCCAGAGGAAGAGGUGGUGCGAACCCAGGUGGCGUGGACCGUUCCAGAUCCUGCUCACCACUCCGACGGCUGUUCGAUCUCUCCUGCACGCACUGGUGGAGCUGAAGAAGAAUGGAAAGUUUAAACUGUUUCAGAGUCAUCUGAAUCAGGACUGUCCAGAAUGCUUUAAGACUCUGUCUGAAGAACCUUCUGUGCUGGAGAAGUUCAUAAAGAUGAAGGAAUCCUUCGAGUGUCAUCAAAGCCAUGAUUACCCAGAAUGCAGUGAAAGAGAGCAGGAGGAUCCUGAGGUCCUGUACAUUGUUGAGAAGAUGCUGGAGACCUGUGGCAGUGACAGGUCUCUGAAGAUCACACUCCACAUCCUGAGGAACAUGAAGCAGAAGGAUCUCGCUGAGAGAGAGCAGCACAAUGAAUCCAUUAAAAGAGUCCAGGAGGAACUUAAAAUUCAUCUGAAGAAGAAGUUUGAAUACAUAUUUGAAGGUUUAGCAACACAUGGCCACUCGACCCGCCUCAAUGAGAUCUUUACAGAGCUCUACAUCACAGAGGGGGGAAGUGGGGGGGUCAAUAAUGAGCACGAGGUCAGACAGAUUGAGAUGGCAUCCAAGAGACAAACCACCCAGGAGACUCCAAUCCUCUGCAAUGACAUCUUUAAGGCUUUACCUGGACAAGAGAAACGCAUCAGAACUGUGCUUACAAAGGGCAUCGCUGGCAUUGGGAAAACCGUCUCUGUGCAGAAGUUCAUUCUGGACUGGGCAGAAGGAAAAGCAAAUCAGGACGUUGAUUUCAUCUUCACUCUACCUUUCCGAGAUCUGAAUCUGAAGAAGGAAAGAGCAUUCAGUCUGAUGCAACUUCUGCAGCACUACUUUCCACAACUGAAAGAGAUCCAAAGUGUUGAAAGUGAUGAAGUCAAAGUUGUGUUCAUCUUUGAUGGUCUGGAUGAGUGUCGCCUUCCUCUACAUUUCCAAAGCAAUGACAUCUGCUGUGAUAUAAGAGAGUCAUCAUCAGUGGAUGUGCUGCUGACCAACCUCAUUAAGGGGAAUCUGCUUCCCUCUGCUCUCCUCUGGAUCACCUCCCGACCUGCAGCUACCAGUCAGAUCCCUCCUGAGUGCAUUCACCAGGUGACAGAGGUAAGAGGGUUCAAUGAACCGCAGAAGGAGGAGUACUUCAGAAAAAGAAUCAGAGAUCAGAGCCAGGCCAGGAGAAUUAUCUCACACAUCCAGUCAUCCAGGAGUCUCAACAUCAUGUGUCACAUACCAGUCUUCUGUUGGAUUUCUGCUACAGUUCUGGAGACAAUGUUGGGUAAAGUAGAGAGUGGAGAUCUGCCCAAAACUCUGACUGAAAUGUACACACACUUCCUGCUCAUUCAGACUAAUGUGAAGAAUCUGAAGUAUCGUGGCUCUGAUGAAACAAACCCAAAGACGUCAGCAUCAGAUACAGAAAUCAUCCUGAAACUGGGGCAGCUGGCUUUUCAACAGCUGGAAAAGGGCAAUCUGAUAUUCUAUGAAGAGGACCUGAGAGACAGUGGCAUUGAUGUCAGUGAAGCUUCAGUGUACUCUGGGGUGUGCACAGAGAUCUUUAAAGAGGAGCGUGGGUUGGAUCAGGAGAAGGUAUACUGCUUUGUGCAUCUGAGCAUUCAGGAGUAUCUGGCUGCCUUGUUUGUGUUUCAUUCAUCUGUAAAUGAGAACAGAAAUGUUCUCAGAGCAGAAGAAUCAAAACCUCACAGUGGCAGAGUGCAGCUGUCUGAGUUGCACAGCAGUGCAGUAGAUCAGGCCUUACGGAGUAAGAAUGGGCACCUGGACCUUUUCCUCCGAUUCCUUCUUGGCCUUUCUCUGGACUCCAUUGAGACCCUCUUAGGAGGACUACUGACACAGACAGGAAGAACAUCAGGAUGGACAACAAAACUCUUAAAGAGACUACAGACAGAAAGCCGAUCAGGGAGCAUCAAGAAAACAGUUCAGUACAUUAAGGAGAAGAUCAAAUGCGAAUCUUCCGCAGAAAGGACCAUCAAUCUGUUCCAUUGUCUGAAUGAACUAAAUGACAACUCUCGAGUGGAGGAAAUCCAGAAUUCCUUGAGAUCAGGAAAAUUUUCUAAUAAAGAGCUGGAACCCCACCAAUGUUCAGCUCUGGCCUUUGUGUUACUGAUGUCAGAGGAGAUCCUGGAUGAGUUUGACUUGAAGACCUACAACACAUCAAAAGCAGGUCGUCAGAGAUUGGUACCAGUAGUCAGGAACUGCAGGAAGGCCAUGUGA